CGCAAGAUAUUAGCAAUAAAAACCCUACCAAAAUCCAUCAUUUCCUACACUCACACACGCUAAUAUCACCAUUAGAUUAAUCGUAUACCAUACGUACACACACAUACAAGAGAAAAAAGAGAGAUGAAAGAUCGGAUUGAGCGUUUUGUGGUAUUGCCGUUUUCGUUGGGGUGCUCGACGCAAUCCAGCGUCGCCGUGGCUGCUAGUCAUCAACACAAGAAACCAAACCAACUCAUCGAGAGAAAAGAAAAAAGUGGCUUGUUUAUAAAAGAAGAGACAAAGUUAGAGAACAAUGGUGCCAAUAUCUCGGAUGGUAUCUACAAACUUGUUCGAAGCUUCAAGAGUUUUUCUCACUUCUUCAUAAGAUACGAAGAGGAGAGGGAGGCGGAGAUGGAGAUAGGGCUUCCAACGGACGUGAAACACUUAAGCCACAUCGGAGUUGAUGGAACCAUGACCACUUUUGACUUUUGUUCUACCUCCUCCUCCUCAUCUUUUCCAUUCUCCCCUUUCCAUCUCACUGCCGUAUGAUUUAACUUUUGCAUUCCUAAAGCUUUAAAUCAACUUCACCAUGAUUUACUGUAUAUAUGGAUUGCGAUAGAGAAAACUUUCGGCUAUAAAAAUAAAAUAAACUCAAUUCUAAUAUAAAUGAAUGUGUGUUGGUAUGUUCUUUUGCCAAAAAAAGAUUUUAAAAUUUGGGAUCAUAUAUACUUUUAGAGAAUGGCUUACACGACAUACACAUUCAUUCACAUGUGCAAAAACAUUUUUUUUUGUAACAAUGCAAAAACAUUUCUAAUGUCAGAAACAUGUCGUAAAUGGUAACCAUGAAAUUGAAUUAGUGAAAUAAAAAUAGAUGGAAUAAUACGAAUGGAAUCAGUA